AUGUUAAAUAAAGGAAUUUUGUUCUUAAUACUACUAUUCUUAAGUAAUAGUAUUGUUGCACAAAUUAAAGAAGAUUGUUCAGAUGCUCCAAAUGAACAAAUAAAAGAAAUCUGUAUUAGAUUUCGUCAUAUGGAUAAAAUGUCAAGAGAACAAUAUGAGAAACAGGCAGAUGCACAAUUAUGGCCACCUCAAGCACCAGGAUCACCAACAUUUCAAAGACCUAUACCAAUUGCACCAAAUCAUCGUGGAAAUUAUGCAUAUGAUCCUGUUGAAUGUAUGUCUUUACAAUGUUUAUGUCCAUUUUUUAAUGGUAGAAUGGUUGCACAAGAUCAUUGUGUUUUACCUAAUGGUGAACCAUUAAAAAUGGCAUAUAGAAAGGAGUAUCGUAUGAUGACUGAUGAUGAAAGAAAUAGAUAUCAUAGAGCAUUACAAAUUAUGAAACAAAAUGGACAAUAUGAUGCAAUUGGUAGACAACAUAGAGAUGUAUCUUCUGGUGGUGGUGCACAUUCAGGACCAGGUUUUUUACCAUGGCAUAGAGAAUAUUUAAAAAGAUUUGAAAUUCAAUUAAAAAUGAUUGAUCCAACAUUAGCAAUACCAUAUUGGGAUUCAACAUUAGAUAAUUAUCUUCCAAGUCCAAGAGAUUCUAUUCUUUUUACAGAUUUAUUUAUUGGAGGAACUGAUUGGAAUGGUUAUGUUACAACUGGUCCAUUUGCUUAUUGGAGAACAUUAGAAGGAGCUUAUGCAAUUAGAAGAAAUGUUGGAGCUGAAGGAAAUUUAUUUAAUGAAAAUCAAAUUAAUCAAGUUCUUCAACAAACCAAUGUAGAAUAUGUACUUUCAUAUGUUACCCAGACUGCUGGUUGCCCAUAUCCUGUCAAUUAUGGUGCUAUUGAAUAUUCUCAUGGAGCAGUUCAUAGAUUUAUUAAUGGUGAUUUUGGUCCAGUACCAACUAGUGCCAAUGAUCCUAUUUUUUAUGCUCAUCAUGCAUUUGUUGAUUUAAUUUUUGAAAUAUGGAGACAAAAUCGUCAACCAAGAUGGGUACGAGAAUCAGCCUAUCCACCAGAUAUUGAAUCAUGUACCAAUCCAUUACAUUUUAGUUUUGCAGAAAUGAGACCAUUCCCAAGAUUAAUAAAUCGUGAUGGUUUAUCUAAUGCUUAUACUGAUCAAUUAUAUAGAUAUGCUCCAAGACCAACAUGUACUUUUGCAGAACCAGCCUGUGGUUCUAGAUAUUUGUUCUGUGAUACAAGAGGAUUUCCACAUUGUGUAGCUAAAGUUAGAUUAGGUGGUAUAUGUAGUGGAUUUGAGGGAUUUGAUGCUUGUUAUAAUGGACAAUGUAUCUUUGGUAGAUGUAUUCCUGGUCCAACACCAGCACCAUUUAAACCAAUUAUUAGAACAACACCAAUGCCUAUUACACCAAGACCUACUCCAAAAUCAAGAGUUAUGAUGAGUAAUACAUUAAAAAAUAUUACAAAAACAAUAAAGAAUGCCAUUUCAAGAGGGCAUCACUCAAAUUCAACUAAUGUAAAAAUAUCACCAAAAACAAACUCUUCAAAUCAAACAAUUGUUACUUUUGUUGAUUGCUUCGAUAGACAUCCAUGUUGUGAAACCUGGUCUAGUCUUGGAGAAUGUAAUGAUAAUCCAAAAUACAUGAAUAUAAAUUGUCCAAUAAGUUGUAAAAAAUGUAAACCAAAUUUCACAUUAAAAAAUACAUGUACUGAUAGACAUGUAUCAUGUAAACAAUGGAAAAGUGAAAAUCAAUGUUCUUCAUCAACAGGUUCACAUUUAAGUUUCCUUGAAGAAAAUUGUAGAGAUUCUUGUGGAUUAUGUAAAAUAAAAAAAUCAGAUAAAUGUACUAUACCAAAAAGAAAAAGAAAACUUGCAGAGGAACUUAAUAUUACAACAGCCUUAACUAAAAAAAAUUCAUUUUUUAAAAAUGAAACAAAUAUUAUAAGAAAAGUUGCCUAG